GGGAGGGAGCUGGGACUCGGUACGCGCAGGGCGGCCAGAGCAGCAUGGCGGAAGACGAGAGCGACCAGGAAUCGGAGAGACUCGGCGAGGAACUCAAGGCUAUUAAUGAGCCGCGCCUUCCCGCCGGAUUGUCUCCUGCCCUGAGCAGCCAGUAUUAUUGCUACCGCUUCUGCCAGAUUGUUGAAGAUUAUGCUGGAAGAUGGCAGGUUCCUCUGCCACAGCUUCAAGUACUCCAGACAGCUCUCUGUUGUUUCACAUCUGCAUGUGUAUCUUUUCCAGAUGAAUGUGAACAUGUACAGUAUGUGCUAAGUAGCCUAGCCUUGAGCUUUUUCGAACUUUUGCUGUUCUUUGGAAAAGAUGAAUUCUAUGAAGAUCCUUUAAAAGAUAUUCUUGGGUCAAUCCAGGAUUGCCAGAAUCAACUCAACAGAUACAGAAAUGUUAACUUAGAAUUGGUAACUCGAAUUACCAGAGAUGGUGGACCUUGGGAGGAUCCUGUAUUACAAGCUGUUCUUAAAGGAAAAUCAGUUUCUCAGGAAUUAGUUAACAAAUAUUUAAGCUCUGAAAAUCCACUGUUCUUUGAAUUACGUGCCAGAUACCUUAUUGCCUGUGAACGCAUCCCAGAGGCAAUGGCUCUUAUCAAAGCUUGCAUGAAUCAUCCUGAUAUUAGCAAAGACCUUUACUUCCAUCAAGCAUUUUUCAUGUGUCUUUAUAUGUCUCCGCUAGAAGAUCACCUAUUCCAAGAGCAUUUGCUGAGGACUGACUGCAAGAAUGGCAUUGAAAUCAUCUGCAACAUUGCAAAAGAAGGGAAGAUUGCUGUAGCAUUGAAUCUUUGUGAAUUGUUUCUUAUUCCACAGCUCAAAAAAGGGGAUAUGUAUUGCAUCUGGGAGCUGAUCUUUAUUUGGAGUAAAAUGCAGCUUAGGUCUAACCCAUCAAAGCAAGUAUUUGUAGAUCAGUGCUACCAUCUUUUAAGGAUAGCUACAAAUUUACAAGUUAUUUUCCCUUUCAUGAAAGUCAUUAGGGAUGAAAUUGGCAAGGGAGGUCUGCAGAUUUGUGUAGAGAUAUGUGGAAGUGCUCUUCAGCUAGAUCUUCAUGAUGAUCCAAAAAUGAAAUGUUUGAUAUACAAAACCAUUGCUCACUUUUUGCCAAAUGACUUAGAAAUAGUGCGGAUAUGUGCUCUUUCUAUAUUUUUUAUUGAGCGCACCUUGGAGUCCUAUUAUACUAUUGAACAGCUAUAUAAAUGUACAGAUGAAGAAUACAAUGAACAGAUAAGUUCAGUUCAGAAUCGUGUACGUUUUGAGUUGCUGCCAAUUUUGAAAAAGGGGUUGUUUUUUGAUCCAGAAUUUUGGAAUUUUUUGAUGAUCAAACAGAACUGUUUAGCACUAUUAAGAGAUAAAGCCUCAGUUGAACUGAGUGAACGUCCACCUGAGCUUUCUUCUGCAAAUACAUCAAAGACACAUCGAGCACUGCGGGGUGAUCAAUCUUGUGUACCUGAGAUAAACAAUGGAGAACUAGGCCAUGAAGAUACUUCUGAAGUACAAUUGGAAAAUGAUAGUAAUUGCAAAAAGAACAAUAUAGUUCUUAAUUCGUCUAAAACUGAUCACAAUGUACCAAAACAUCGCUGCAUAUUAUGUAACAGAGAAUUUGUUGGUGGUCAUAUUGUGAGGCAUGCCCAGGCUCAUCAGAAAAAGGGCAGUUUCUCAUGUGUAAUGUGUUAUAGAAAGUUCAGACAAAAAGGUAUAAUGCUUAAGCACUUAAAGAAUCACAUAAAGAAAAUGACACUGCAUCAUCUGACUGCUACUUCUGUUGAUAAAGAAACUCUUAUUGUAAAUGAAGUGAACUGUUCUAGUGCUGAGGUCUCCCUUCAAAAUGGGGACUUGGAGAGUACUAAAGAAAAUGAAGUGGAGCUAGUCAUUCCAAGUACUAAUCAGGAGAUGCAAAAUUCUGAACUUGCACUGGAUAUAACCAAAAAUCAUGUUAGUAGCCAGGAUGAUGUUAUUGAAAAUGGUAGUUGUGAUAACAAUUCAAAUAAUAUUUUUGAGGCAGAAAUUAAAGAAGGAUCACCAGAAAACAGCCUGAAUAGAGAACUCCCUAUACUUCCAAAGGUAAAUGGUGUGCUCUGUCCUCAAAAUGAUGUGGAUCACACAAGUAAUUUCAAGUGUCCUGCAGAUGGAUGUAUUAGAGUCUUUAAAAAAAUACGGUUUCUGAAUAAGCAUGCACGUAAGGCCCAUCCCUCUGAUCUGAAUGUGCAAGAGCAUAUAAUGAAAUGGAAUAAUGGAAAAUGUAGGUUUUGUCAGAGAAAAUUUUUGGAUUCUCAUCAUUUUAUUGAUCAUUUGAAUCAACAUGUUUAUCCAAAUGUAUAUUUCUGUUUGCAUUUUAACUGUAAUCAGAGAUUUAAGCUGUCCACUGAGCUUGCAGAACAUAUGAAAAGUCAUAUUGAAUUUAAAGCUCAGUGUAAUUUUGCAGAGUGCUGUAAACUUUUUGAUGACAUUUCGUUGUUAUAUGAGCAUGAAGCUCAACAUUACUUAAACAAAACAAAUCCUUCUGAAGUCAGUGAAAAUAAUUCUUCAGUUGUUUUGGAAUCUGAGUGUGCUAUUCAAGAAAUAGCAGAUGAUGGUGGUGAAAAGGAGGCUGUAAUGGACUUGCCAAUUCCCACUUGGAAAGCAAGAAAAGAUUCCCUAGAACCAAAGACUUAUAUCCAGACUGAGAAAAAAAUAAAUAAUCUAAUCCAGAAUGGGAAUGAAAAUGCAUAUGGUAGUGCUGUCACAAUUGUGAACUUAAUAGACCAAAAGAUACCUGAAGUAGAGCCAAAUUUAGAAAGCUGUACACUUAAUGAUCAGCUAGUUGUUAAUGGGCAUGAUGAACUGGAACAAACAACAGCCACACUGGAUGUUGAUUUGGAAAGAACGAGUGCCAGUACUAGGACAGAAAAUGGAUCUAUUCUACCUGUUCUGCAGAACUGUACAGAUAUAUCAGAUAAUACUCUCGUGGAUUCUCAGACACUUUCUAAACCAAAUCAGAUAACAGAAAAUACAUCAUACGGCUUAAUUUUAACAAAGCCUUACAUUAGACCAUUGCCUCCGAGUUACCUUGAUGAACGAUAUAUAAGCAUGCCAAAACGAAGAAAAACUUUGACUGAUAAAGCAGGUGCACAUUCAGAGCAAGGCAAAACAUGUAGCAAAUCAGAGAGACUAAGAUGCAGCAAAUGUUUGACCACCUACUGUAACUCAGAAGCACUUCAGCGUCAUCUUGCACAAAAGAAGUGUCGGACACUUUUUGGAUUCGAUUCAGAUGAUGAAAGUGCCUGAGCAAAUGAUGUAUGAAGACUCCAUUUGAGGAGUAGUGAUGGAACACUACAAUAUUCUGCAUCAACCUGCUUUUCCCUUCUUGGCCUUAAUUAUAAAGAAGUCUCUAAAAUUACUAAAGAAAAUCAUGACCUUUCUGAGAAUUAAAGCACACGGGUCACAACUAAGUGAUAGUAGGAGCUGUGCAGUAUUAGCAUCCAGAAAACAAGCAAACUGUGUUUAAACCCCCAAAGUACCAGUUAUCUAAAAGCCACAAGUUUUUGCAUAGUUCUACUCUUAAGUAAAUUCACUGGGUGGCUGUAUACAGAGUAGGUUUCAUGCUGACUGAAAACAAUUGUUCCAGAGAAAAAUGCCUGUGGGACAUGCCUCAUUUUGAAUUUGUAUGUUCAAAGGAAGCCAUUCUGUAUGAUAAAACUAGUUUGAGUCACAUUCAAUGUUGCUGUGCAUUAAAAUUGGAUCAAUUAAAAAUAGAUCCAUUUAUA